AGCUUUCAUUUUACCAGCAGUUUCCUGUUCUAAGACUCCUUUGCGACUGAAAUCCCACAGUUCAUCCUCAGCAAGACGUGGCCGGAGGAACCACGAGCACAGUAGAGCCAUUGCAUGCACAUCUGACCAUGGCUUCUCUUUGGAGCUCACUGGAAAAAGAGGUGUUCAACCCACAGAACAAGAAGCUGCUGGAAGCCAUUACUGUCUGGAAGACGGGGAAGAAGAAGAAGAUGUCCAUUCUCUGUGUAGUGGUGGAUGCCUUUAGGCCAAUGCAGCCGUUUCUGGUGAAGGUCAAGGUAGACCGAGGAGAGCAGUACAAGAUGGCAUACAGGUGGCCUUUAGCAGAGCUGAAACUCGUGGAUGGCAAAACUCUUGAUCAGGUGAACUUGGAUUUUGACCUGCAGUUUGAUAAGAUUUACAAGUGGACUGCUAGCAGCUUUGAUGAGAAGAAAACCUUUAUCAGAUGCUUGUGGAAGCUGAACCACCGAUUUCUCUCCAGUGCUAUCACAUUUGUGAAUGUCCAUUCCUGUUCAGUGGAAGGGAGACAAGGGCUGCAGGAGGACAGGAGGGACACUGUGGAAACUGAGAACCAGGAGGAACUCAGUGUGUACCAGGAGAUGACACCAAAGGAAGCUGCUGAUGUCUUGAAGCUAAUGGAGGAGCACGAGCCCCUUGUAAACAACUCCAUAGCCUUUGCAGAGCAGCUAAGCAGGGAUCUUCAUGUGCUGGAUGAGGCCAACCUGCGGGCCAUCAUCUCUUCUGAGAAGCAGGUGACACAGCUGAUGAGCUUCAUUGAUGAGGCACUGGCAGAGGUGGCCAGAGUGGAGGAGACCUUGCAGGUCUAUGAUGAGCUGCUAGGAAGUGUGAAGCAGCAGAUGGACCACAUCCACCAGGAGAACUCCUUGCUGCAUCACAUCACAUCUAACAAGGCCAAGCUGAUGGAUGAGAUUCUUUUCCUCACAACCCACCUCGACCUUGGCAAGGAGCACUGCGAGGCCCUGAGCUGUGCAGAUCUUUCCAGCCCCAGUGGAGUGGAAGCCUGUAUUGCUGCAGCAGAGGCAUUAUCUGCCUGCAUGAACAUCCAGAUACAGUCUGGUUAUCGGAAGCUACAGGCUGUGGCUGAGCAGCUGAUCAUGUUUGAAACACUCAAGCAGAACUUUGAAAACCGUUUCAUCGGUCACAUUACGAACACCUUCGAGCGGCAGGGCAGCGCUCAGAUUCCUGCUCUCACACAUCCCAUGGACCAGCUGUCUGCACCAAGCCACAGACUCCAGCAUGAGGAGCUGGUGCCCUACACUCCACUCAUGGCCUGGCUGAGGAAUGCUAACCCUGUGCUGUUCUGUGACCUCCCUAAGGUCUAUGCCCAGAACCUCAGCAGACUAUAUGAUAAGGAAAUCAAAGCCUUUUUUGAACAGGCCAAAACCCUCUUGGUAGGAAGAAGAAAGGGAAGUCUCCAGGAAGGCUUGGAGAAGCCAACAGGAAUGGGGAGUAGACAGCAGCCACGGUGGAGCAUCCCGGGGAGCAGAGAAGAUCAGGAGGACACACUGAACAAAGGCAACGUCAUCAAGAUCUUGGAGCAGGUGCUGAGAGAGCUGCGACCCCUUUGCAUCGCAGAGCAGCUGUUCAUUGAAAAAUUCUUCCAGCUGAGGCAGAACUCUGCAAAGGUGCUGGAGGAAGAAGGAAGCACUGCAUCCCCAGAGGAUCCCGCUUGUGCCAAGCCUCCAAGCCAGCCAGAGGAACAGACAGCCCAGCUGCUGAGUGAGAUCUUCAGUUCUCUGGACCCAGAGCUGAGAUGCUUUCUAGAUGUUUGCAACAAGGCCCACCCAUUCAGCUGCCUGCAGAUCCUGGUUACCCUGAAUGACUGCAUCUUUGAGAUGUGGAGGAAGACUUCAGCUCUCCCCUCAUCUUUCCUCAACACUGUUCUGGGCAACAUGCUGCUCCUGGCCAAGAGCAGCUUCAACAAAUGCAUUGGGACUUUGUGCAAAGAGAUUGAGGAAGCAAAGGUGCCCAGCAAGAUGAAGGUUGGGAUCCUGCCCUCUGUGAGCCGCUUUGAGGAGUUUGUGAAUUUCUCGGAGGCGGUGUUCGGGACGGCUCAGCGCAGAGCAGAGCUGGACAAGGCACACCUCAGAUUGGCUGACAGCGUCUUCAACAGCAUUAAUAGCCUGUCCUCAGCAAACCUGAAGGUGAACACAGAUAUGGUCAUGAUGGAAAAUUUCCACCACGUUUACUGCUUCCUGUGCCAAAAGAAGAUCCAGUGCCUGGAGGGCAAGAAGAAAGAAGCCAAGCAAAGGUAUAGUGAGCACAUGGAGAAAUAUGUCAUCAGGUCCCUGGGCCAGCCACUGGAAAAACUCAAUCACUUCUUUGAAGGGGUGAAAGCCCGUGUUGCUCAGGGGGUGAAAGAAGAGGAGAUCAGUUUCCAGCUGGCCUACAGCAAGCAAGAGCUGAGGAAAGUCAUUGAAAGAUACCCUGGCAAGGAAGUAAAAAGAGCCCUUGAAACCCUCUACAGAAAAAUCCACAAGUAUCUUUCCCCAGAGGAGAACCUUUUUCCGGUCGUGUGGCAUGCUAUGGAGCAGGAGCUGCUACGUCAGUACCAAGAAUUCGAGGAUCUGAUCCAACGCUGUUAUGUGGGGUCAGGGAUCACCAUGGAAUUCACUAUGGAGGAUUUGCUGAGCUACUUCAACUCCAUCACUCUGUCCAGCACAUAGAGGAAGAUGUUUAUGGAGAACAGCUCAGGGAUCCUCUGCAGCUGCACCUGUAGGAAGCUAAACUCAAAUGUAAAUCCCUCCCCAGGCUGGAAUUUGAUAUAUUGAGCUCCACCUCAGAAAUCAUUGUUCAUCUAAUGAAAAAAAAAUCCCAAUCCUCAAAUCUCCACCAAAUCUAGUGCCCCUGCUGUGCCUCCUCAACAAACUACUGCCCAGUGCCACAUACAGCUGAACACUGAAAGUCAUCUUCUCUCUAGGAAUUCUCUCCUUUCUAUUCACCCUCAGAUUUUACAGUGAACCCAUGCUGAAGCACAAGGGUCACAACGCACCAAGCUACCCCUGUGUAAGCAGUGUUGUUGUAUCCACAUGUCAGAACAUGCACAGUCGCUCUACUCUGGGAAUGGAGAAAAUGCUGCCGUUUUAGUUUCUCAGGGAAAUUGGUUUGUCAACAAAGCUCUUCCUCCCACCCCAUUUUAUUUUGAAACAACCCAUUAGAAUCUUACAGUUUGAUGUUAUAUUUUUGCUUUUUGAAAAUAUGGCAUUUACAUAAUUCUUGCAUCCUGUGUUGAUGACCUGGAGGUCAACAAACUAUCCAUACUAUCCAAAUAUAAGGAUAGCCUUAUCUGGAAAAAACUAAAGACCCUGAGCCGCUUGAUUCAAUGCAAAGUGUCGGUCAAAGCAAAUAAAAGCACUGAUCACACUA